AGCAAGGCGGGUCAAAUCGAGGCCACGGUGCGGCGGCUGAGUCGGCGUGUAAGUGAAAUUUCUGGAAGCGGCGGGGCACUGUUGUUCGGAGGGCGUCGUUGCGGAAACCGUAGCCGGAAGAGACGGGCGGGGAGGGGAGAGCCGUGUGGGGAGCAUGAACCACAAGAGCAAGAAGCGCAUCCGUGAGGCUAAGCGGAGCGCGCGUCCUGAGCUCAAGGACUCCCUCGACUGGACUCGCCACAACUAUUGCGAGAGCUUCCCGCUGAACCCGGCAGGCUGUAAGGAUAAUGUGGAAAGAGCAGAUGCCCUCCAUUUGUCAGUGGAAGAAUUCAUUGAAAGAUACGAGAAACCUUAUAAGCCUGUUGUCCUGUUAAAUGCUCAAGCAGGGUGGUCAGCCCAAGAGAAGUGGACUCUAGAGCGUCUGAAGCGUAAAUACAGGAACCAGAAAUUCAAGUGUGGGGAGGACAACGAUGGUUACUCUGUGAAGAUGAAGAUGAAAUACUACAUUGAGUACAUGGAGACGACACGAGAUGAUAGUCCUCUCUAUAUAUUUGACAGCAGUUAUGGGGAGCAUCCAAAGCGCAAGAAACUGUUAGAGGACUACAGGGUGCCCAAAUUCUUCACUGAUGAUCUGUUCAAAUAUGCAGGAGAGAAGAGAAGGCCACCUUACAGGUGGUUUGUGAUGGGCCCACCCCGGUCAGGAACAGGUAUUCACAUUGACCCUCUGGGAACCAGUGCAUGGAAUGCCUUAGUCCAUGGACACAAGCGCUGGUGUCUCUUCCCAACCAGCACUCCCAGAGAGCUGAUCAAAGUGACUCGUGAAGAAGGAGGCAAUCAGCAAGAUGAAGCUAUCACUUGGUUCAGAGUAAUAUAUCCCCGAACUCAACUUCCAACUUGGCCUUCAGAUUUCAAACCCUUGGAAAUAGUGCAGAAACCUGAAGAGACUGUUUUUGUGCCAGGUGGCUGGUGGCAUGUUGUUCUCAAUCUUGACACGACUAUUGCUGUCACUCAAAAUUUUGCCAGCUGUACAAACUUCCCUGUGGUGUGGCACAAGACAGUAAGGGGAAGACCAAAGUUAUCAAGAAAAUGGUACAGGGUCUUAAAGCAGGAGCAUCCUGAACUAGCGGCACUAGCGGAUUCUGUUGACUUACAAGAAUCAACGGGCAUCGCUUCAGACAGUUCUAGUGACUCUUCUAGUUCUUCCAGCUCCAGUUCUUCAGAUUCUGAUUCAGAGUGUGAUUCUAGCUCAGAAACCGAAGGAAUGAUGCAUCGAAGAAAAAAGCGAAGAACAUGCAGCAUGAUGGGAAAUGGUGAUACUACUUCCCACGAUGACUGUGUGAGCAAAGAGCGCAGCUCUUCCAGAAUUAGGGAAUCUUGUGGAAGUCGUGCUCAUCCAUGAAAGAUAACAAGGCCUGUCUGCAGAUAGUUGCAACCAGCCAGAUGUCUUCUGUUCCUCCCAUCAGCUGUAUACUUGAAGCUUUUUCAAGACUUCCCCACUCCAUUUUUAUUUUUAAAUCUAAACUUUUAACUUCUAUUCCCUGUUAUCAAAGUCUGACUUCUUGCUAACUAAAGGAGAAAACUCAAGAUUUCUAUGGGUUCAGACUUUUAUUCUGUAUUCCACCAAACAAGUGUAAUAAGCAGAAGGCAAUACUGAUGUCUACAAAGCCAUCCUAUGGUUUCCAACGCUAUGCAGUCAACAAAGGAAAUGGCAAAUUUCUACUAACAGAACUGUCUUUAAAACAAGCAGGUCGAUUCUAAAAGCCUGAUUCCAGCUCAGUAUUGUCAUAUGUUUACAAGAUGAAUUCUAGUGCAUUACAACUGGAGGUCAGACGUACAACCAUUACUCUGUAAUUGGCCAGCAGAUCCUUUACUAUAGCACAAGUGAACCAAGAUGAUUCUCCUAUUGUGUAAAUUAUUACUUGUAAAAGCACCUUUUGUAAUUCUGAAUUUAUCAGUAACAUCAAUCCAACCAUGGACUAAUAAGACUCAUGUGAAAGUAUUGUUUGAACCAGCAGUUCAUCAUCAUUGCUUCAUUUUUUUCAUAUUUUAAUGAAAAACUGCAGAUAUUUGCAGUCAGUUUGGAAGUAUACCCCAGAAACAAAUGGAGAUGGGAGAAACUAGCUGCCCCAUUUACCUCUCCCUGUGGGAAUUUCUGGAAAUAUAUGAAGGUAGAAAGGAGUGAGUAGAGUCUAAAUAAAUAUAAAUAAAAAAUCUAUUUAAUGAAGAACUGCUUUUUGGGAGCCUAGAAACUUUCUACUCUUAUCUGCUGUUCUAGUGUUGUGGGUAUUUGAGGUGUGUGUAUUCUGUCCUGAAUAACAUGGUUGUAUGUAUCCCAUGACAGCUGGAUUAUUUCAGGGUGUGCUGCUGCUUCAAUGGCACUUUUGUUGGUAACAGAGACUGGUAUUAUGUUCUGAGAUGUGCUUAUAUCCCCAUUCAUGAAGGUAAUUCCAUUCCAACUUGAAAAGUCUAGAUACAGCAUAAUGAAAAGAUCCUGCACAUUGAUCGUCCUUGACAAUGCAAUGAGUGAUUAUUGAGAUUUUAUUGCAUUUCAAGGUAUGAAGUGGAGGUUGUGCUUUUUAAUUGUGCUUUCUGUUCUACAUAACACUGGAGAAGCCUGAGAAAAUCCAUAUCUAGUGGAUGGUACAAUGUGAAAUGCAUGGCCACUUACUGACUCCUGGCCAGAUAAGAAAUAUUACACAUAAUUGUCCUCCAUGAUUCCAGUGUGUGACAAAAUGUUACCACUAAUUUCAGUGAUUCAAAUGUUAGUUGUCAGCCUUAAUUCCGUGCAUGCAAGAAGAACCAGAGGGGAAAGAAUGAGUGCAUUAAAGGCUGACUACCUACUUUUUCAGUAUCCUCCUCAUAAACAUUGAUGUGAAAUCGGAAUGGUUUUUGCAAAUCUAGUAAUUUUGCAUACAUUUUCACUGUGUACCCUUUAUUUGUUCAAUGAAAAUUAACAUCUUCCAAAUCAGUGUGGUUUAGAACCAAGAAUUCAAAAUUAUAAAGGCAGAUGAGUGUGGUAUUGGCAGAACACUAAGAUAUAAAUUAUAAAUGUAAAUUAUAAACAUCAACAAGUACAGCAAAAGGGCUAUUACUGAUAUUGGUUCUACUGCACUUUGACUGUGACCACUUUUCUGGUCUAUUCUAGCGGUGAUGGGAAUGCCAGAAUAUCUGAUUAUUCUUCUGAGGAAACUACAGUGAACAAGUCGUAUCUUUGAAAAAUUAUUUUGGAGAAACAUACUGGUUCAAAAUAAGGGAAUGAGACAAGGCUGCAUGUUAUUCCUGUAUUGGUACAAUUCUCCAUCUAUCCUGUCCUGGGUCUAGGCAACAAAUCAUUUAGUGGCUAAGCCCAUUCUUUAGAAAGGUGCAUUCUAUUUUUCAUCAGGUAUGCUAUUGUAUACAUAGGAUUAUAGGACAAGCUUUUUGGGAAACAAAAGCUGAAUUGAAUCUAUUCAGUGUAUCUCAGCUUGGGUUAAUUUCUGAUUUGCUGAAAAUGGACAGCUUUCCCUGAUUGGACAAAGCAAUAGUCAUUCCUCUUAAAGAUGCUGGCUUUCAUUUAUCUUCUGUAGUCUAUAAAACAAGAAUACAGGAAGGGAGGGACUGAGUAACAUCCAACCAGAUAGUCUCUCUUCAGCCAUCCUCUACGCAGUGCACUAUGAACUUGUAUUGUUCCUAGGCGGUCAGAUAAUAAGUAACUUUUUAAUUUGGUUGACUAUUAGUUUGAUUGGAAAUUCUGUUUCUGUGAUAGUUACCUUCCCUUGUUUUUUCCAUAUAUUUCUCUUUGCCCAAUAAAUUUGUUCUUAUAUAUACA